AAAAAAGCAAGCGAAAAAAGCAUUAUAAUAAAAACAAGUUAGUGAUUUAAACAAAAAGUGUCUGGAAAUUUUUCAAAAGCAUUGCAACAACAACAUGUACCCUAAUCAGAAUUCGUGGCUAGCCUUUGUCGAAGAAGCGUACUCUCUCUUCGAUGAUAAUUCGGAUAAACUGUUUAAUAAUCUAUGUACCGAGUGUCUGGAGUAUGAGUGUGAACAUCGAAAUAACAACAAUAACAAUGCGCAAGCAACAACCCAAGCAAAUUUACAUGAACAACAAUUGGAAUUCGUCGCUGAAAAUUCGACGCAAUUGCAUAAGAAAUCAUUGAGCAGCAAUAUGGAUCCUAAUCAGUACUAUGCACUAGUGCCCUCGGAACUACAACAACAAGAGCAAAAUGUAACUUUUGCUGAUUACGGAUUUCGCAGCACUUGCCAUGGCGCAGACGGCGGCAGUGGUGGCGGGUGCCACAAAGGCGAUUGCGCUUUGGAGCAACAUCAGCCGCAGCAACCGCGAGCGAUGACGCAGCAUGCCGUCCAGCAGCAACAGCUACCGCAUAUCACUAUGCCGCCACAGUUGCAACAUUCAGCGCAGCCACGCAAUUAUGGCUACCAACGUGAGGAGCCAACCUAUGGUGUAACUGUACAUCCACCACGUAACUAUCCGGCAUUGGAGGCAGUGCCAGGCAUAACGUAUCCAAUCAAUCAAACUAUGCCUCAAAAUGCGUACAACAACCAUAUUCAGCAACAACAACAACAGUUGCCAAUGCACCGACAGCAAUCACCAAUGCAGCAACAACAGCUGCCAAUGCAACAACAACAACAUAAUGUAUCGCAAUUCCAGCCACAACAAUACCCGUUGCCACAGCAACAACUGCAGCCGGUAAAAAUGUUCACGCCGCAGCCGCAGCAGUUCAUACAGACUCAAUAUCAACCAAGUCAACAAUUGCAGCCCCAGCAAUAUCCACAACUGAUAUACCAACAACAAAAUACGAGCACACAUGUCAAUUACGUCAAUCAAAUGCCACCGGUGUCGCAGCCCGCCUAUCCCGUGCAAAACUACAGAAAUGGCGGUCAUCCGACGCCAAUGCCGGAGCGUUCUGGAGCUUGCUGCCGUCAACAGGCACAGAUCGGUGCUCCCGGUGUGAAUGUGCAGCGUCAGUUGGGGCAUGCGCCUUGCCGCGGCAAUGCUCCGUGGUCAUAUUCAUAUUGCUACGGCAAUGUCCAGAACAAUUAUGAACCUUGCCACUUUAUCGAUUGCGUGGACAUUGAGGACUUUCUAAAUAAUGAAAAGCGCAAGGAAAAAUCCCGUGAUGCGGCCAGAUGUCGGCGUUCACGCGAAACGGAGAUCUUCAGCGAAUUGGCACAGAUUCUGCCAUUGCGCAAAGAGGACGUCAACCAAUUGGACAAAGCAUCUAUAAUGCGCAUCGCCAUAGCUUUCCUGAAAGUACGCGAAAUGCUGCAGUUGUUCCCGAAAAUUCAAGAUCUUCUUGGCGAUAUAAAACUAGACAAUGAUAUUGAAGACAACUCUAAUAGUUCAACGCAAAUGUCCGUCGUGUCAACAACGGAAAACACUGAUGGAAAAUUUGAUUUGCUCAAAUGUGUCGAGGCUACACAAUUUAUCAAACAGACCUUGGAUGGUUUUCUGAUGAUCCUCUCCAAUGAUGGCGACAUCACCUAUGUUUCAGACAAUAUAACUGAUUACUUAGGCUUAGCAAAGAUUGACAUACUCGGCCAACAAAUCUGGGAGUACAGUCACCAAUGUGAUCAUGCCGAACUCAAAGAGGCGCUAAACAUCAAACGCAACCGUCUGCCCGAUAAGAUUAAAGAUGAGAAUAUGAUCGAAGAAGGCAUUUCGACUGAGCAUCGUGAUCUUUUCGUGCGAUUCAAAUGCACAUUGACCAGUCGUGGACGUAGCAUCAAUAUCAAGAGCGCUUCGUACAAGGUUAUACACAUAACUGGUCACUUGGUGGUUAACAUGAAAGAUGAUCGUGUACUGGUCGCCAUCGGUCGUCCAAUACCCCAUCCCUCCAAUAUAGAAAUUCCAUUGGGCACUACAACAUUCUUGACAAAACACUCUUUGGACAUGAAAUUUACAUAUGUGGAUGAGAAAAUGCAAAAUCUCUUCGGUUACAAGGCCGAAGAUUUACUUGAGCAAUCACUGUUUGCCUGCCAUCAUGGCGGUGAUUCGAACAGGCUAAUGGCAACAUUCAAAACCGUGUUGAGCAAGGGCCAAGGUGAGACUUGUCGCUAUAGAUUCCUGGGUAAAUACGGCGGCUACUGUUGGAUCGUGACACAAGCCACAAUUGUUUAUGAUAAAUUGAAACCACAAAGUGUUGUUUGCGUUAAUUAUGUCAUAAGCAAUCUUGAGAACAACAAUGAGAUUUAUUCACUUGCACAAUACGAGGCAAGCAAGCUUAAAGUUGAGGCAAGCGACAGCGAAAGCGAUCAAAGCAACAUUGGCGAUAGCUGUGGCAACAACAAUCUCACAGAGAAUAUCAACGAUAACAGCAGCAACAGCAACAACGACAAUUCAACUGACGACUAUAAACAGAAAAUAUUAGAGUGCAGUAAAGAAACAAAACUGAAAAAAGAGCAAGAAAAUCCAGAAGACCUUAAUAAAUCUUGCAAAAUCGAAUUGCAUUCGAUCAAAGCAGCCAACUCACCACCGUCAACGCAAACCAACCCAACCACCGACAACAAUGAUCUCAACGAAGAUCGUAAAAUAAACAUAACCAACAACAACAACAACAGUAACAAUACAAAUAAUUUAUGUUCCUCCAUUAAAUGCGAAAAAACAUGUGCAACAAUUAACGCAAAUCCCUCUAAUACCAUAACCACUACCUCAGGCAAUAACAAUUGCGCCGCAACACCCCCAUUAGAUAAUACCACCAGCAAAUUGAUCGACGCUAAUAAAACGAUCGUAUGCGAAAAUUCACUUUCUCCAUUGCGUCAGAAUUUACAAUCGAAUUAUUUAAACGGCAGCGACAAUAAAACCAUCAACAACAACAACAACAAUAAUAACAACACUGGUGUGUCGAGCAAUAAGAAUUUGCUUCUUGCGAAAUCGCUCGAAGAGAAACGCCCCAAGUCGGUUACCGCAUCGGUAUUUCGUCUGGCUACAUUGGCCGAUUUGAGCGGUACGCAUACAACAACGGCUACAACAGCAGCAACAAACGCGUCAUCGCCGCCACUACCAACACCUGUACCAUCGACCACGAGCACUUCGUCGGUAUUCGUGAGUGCAGCAAAUGCACCGUCGUUGCCGACGUUGAACGCCGCUCCGCGCGCCCAAUCGGUGACGGCUUCCGUAUUUACGCCGAUUUCGCAGUUGUGUAAUCGCCAACAACAACACAUUGCUAAAACCAAUUCCAUUAUAACACCAACAACGGUGACAGCAGCAAUACUCUGUGGCCAACAACAACAACAUCAACAAAACCACCAGAACUCACAGACACCGACACAGCAGCAGACACAAGAUAUGAAUAAGUUUUUGUCGUUCGGGGAUGAGACAAAUGAGUUAACAAUGCUCAAAGAAGAACCCGAUGACUUGGCACACCUGGCUCCAACUGCUGUUGAUGCUUGCAUGCGCCUGGACGACACCGCACCAUUUUGUGGUGAAAUGCUAUUGGGUCUGUCCUCUUACUCCUACGGCUUCCUGCCCGAUGACUACAGUUCACUCGAUUCCAACACGAGCUCCUCAUCGCCAGAUACACCAAAUUCAAAUAGCAACAACAGCGCUGUCAAUAACAGCAGUAACAGUCAUAACAGUAAUAGCAUUAACAGUGGCAACAACAAAAUCGGUUUGAGUAGUCCAACACAUCAACAGAGUCGCAAUAACAAUUUAAAUGCUGGUACAUUGCAUAAUAGCAACAACAGCAAUAGCAAUAAUUUAUGCAUCAAACCAGUUGUACGCAUCGAUCCAUUCAUAAACUAUCGGGAGGAAUCGAAUGACACCAACUGUUCGCAGCAUUUACUCUCGCCCAGUGUGGCAUCGAAGAGUCCUGAAGCGAGCAGUCUACCAUCGCUCUGCAGUCCCAACUCCCUCAGUCAGGAUGAUGGAUUUGCAUUUAUGACGAUGAGCGUUGACGAAGACAUCGACAUGAGUAUGCGUGCGCCAUAUAUUCCAAUGAACGAGCAAGAGGAUUUGCCACUCCUCACUGCCGACGAUCUGAUGUGGUGCGCCAGCAAUGGCCUCGGCAGCGAAGAGUUGAACAAUCAAAAGGAUGUCGAUGCCACGUUGCAACAAUUGCAAUUGCAACAACAACACACUAGCGAAAGCAAUCACAACCUUUUGAAUGGCUAUCAUGAUGCUCAACACAUCAGUCACUCACAUUUCAAUUCAUUGUGCUCUUCACCUGCAUCGACCGUUUCAUCGCUAUCACCGCCACCGGUGAAUCAUCAUCAUCAACAACAACAGCAACAUCAGCAGCAGCAGCAACAACAACAACUACAAGAUACAAGCUGUGUUUAUAGUACGGACACUAGUGAAUUGGCGGCGCUGCUUUGUGGCUCUGGCAAUGGUACUCUGUCAAUUUUGAAUAAUAAUUGUGGUGCUGCUGGUAGUAGUGGUGGUAUGGAGGAUAGUGGUGGUUUAACUUUGCAACAACAACAACAACAGACACAUUGCGGUGAUUUUCGUUUGCAGUUGCAACAAGAGUUGGCUGCCGAACAGCAAGAGCAACAACGACAGCUGCAACUGCUCGGCUUAAACAUCGAUUGCAAGAAGGAGAGUUCGCUGUCGCCCAGCUUAUGUGAUUCGUUGGAGGACACCUUCGAUAAUGUUUACAGUAAGGAUUCUGGCAAUCUUGACUGCUGGAAUGAGUUGUUGCAAAUCAAUGUCAGCGACACUUCAUCGUCGGCAUCGCCCUCGCCCGUCGCAUCAUUGAAUUCGCCAACUCAGCAACAACAACAACACAAGCUGGACGAUUGCAAAACGCACUUGCGCCUGGAGCAGCAACUGUCGUCGCCACAGCAGCAGCAGCAGCAGCAGCAGCACAAUAUCAUUUUGAAUGCCGUGCCAUUGAUAACAAUACAAGACACUAAGAAUAUUUUGUUGCAACAACAACAACAACAACAACAACAACUCAAUGUCAGCAAUAAAAUGCUAAUAAAAGAUGAAAUGUUGCCAGUGCAACGUGGCGGUCAUAAAAUCACAACAAUCAAGCUGUUGCAUGGCCAAGCAACAACAAUAACAACACCAGCGCUUGCCACAGCCGGCGCUGCACCGGUGCGUAUGAUUGACAUUAAACAGCAGCAGGAACAACAAAGGCAACAACAGCAGCAACAGCAACAACAAUCGCAUAAACGGCAUUUGGUGAGCGCCAUGCCCAGCGCACAGCUGGAGAGUAAACGCAUGAAGAGCGCCGCAAUGGACUUGCAGGCUGUGCCACAACUGCUGCAACAGCUGGUGUCGCCGCUGCAGCCGCAACACUUGAAGGAGCAGCAACAAAAACUGCAACAACAACAGCAGGCGCGCAAAGCCAGCAGUGGCAUGUCGCGCUGGGUCGCCAGCGCCGAGCUGAAAGCCAACGCAAAUGGCAUGCAACAGCAGCAACAACAACAACAAUCGAAUUCAGUGCUGAAGAAUUUGCUAAUUAGCGGCUGCGAUAGCGGUAUGCUCAUGGAUGAAGACUCCUUGGAUCAAGCACCAUCCCCAACACUGUCGGCACAGUCGCCAUCUCUCAUCAAACCCUUGCAUUGUGAAACAUCGACGGCUGCCUUGCUGCGUAACUACCGUCACAAUCCAAUGAUUGGGGGACCCGGUGUGCUGCCAUCACCACCAUUCGGACCGGCUAGCAGUGGCGAUAAUUCUAUCGGCAGCAGCAGUUGCGAAGUAAGCCCACCCGGCCUUACACCGGCCGACAGUGAAUCCAAUUCAGACAGCGGCAUAGAUGACAUUAGCAUGAUUGAAGCCGCCUCACCGAUUAAGUUACAAUUGGAACAACCUAGCAGCCCACUUUUCAAGAUAUCGACAAAUGGUUGCUCGGCUACCACCAAGGAUAUGCUUUUAAUGAAAUGCUUGAACAACAAGGCGGCCAAGCAACGUGCUUUGCUUGUUGAGGCACAAGCAAAACAACAGCAGAAAACAACUCCAGCAGGCAACGGUAUUGGCAGUUCAGGCGAGAGUAAGACAAAUAAGCCUGCUGGCGGUCGUAAAGGUUCGCUGACAUCUUACAUCGAUAAUAUGAAUCCAUUAAUGGAACCGUUUAUAAUGGAUUUAUGUAAUGAUGAUUACGCAGUGGCUACCGAGCCAUUGCUGGAACCAACUGAAAUCGAUCAUGUGCUCAAUAACUGGAGCCACGAGAUGGCUUAGUCGGCGGUGCACAUGAACGCUACUAAAACUAAACGGAAAAUACGAAACAAACAUUUACACAACACGGCAAAGACGAAAUCGGCGAAGAUACGAUGACAAGGCAGACGAAAUAGGGACGUUAUGUUGGGGGUUAGAAGCAGAGCUUUAUAACAAAUUCAAUGCAUUUACACACAGACAUAUGUGAACGGUAAGGAUGGAAAUGCGGAAAUUAUUGUAAAGGUUGCGGGGAGAAGCAAUUGGUGCGCGAAAAAAACGAGUUUUAACGGCGUAACUGUAAAUAAAGUUAUCAUUUCGGAAGUUUUCGUGGGGACUCUAGACGAAAUUUAUAAAUAACUUGUGGAAACUACAAGUGAUGGCUGAAGCAUUAUUCAGAGGUUGGCGGCGGUGACGAAGUAGACCGCUAUGAAGGAAUGAAAGGAAACGGAAACAAACACGAAUGGCGUUCGUUCGUCACGGACAUUCUAAACAAACUGCGAAUUUUUGUUUUUUAUAGCUGUACAUGUCCACUUUUGGCCAUAAUUUUUUGUUGACGAAUGGAAAGCUAGAGCUUUUGGCUUUGCGUAAUAAGCUUAAAGCAUACGGAAGACCUGGUAGGGAGGAAAAUUGAUGGAACGAAUAUUUUUUUAUAAAUACUUUUUUUUUCAUACGGGACAGUUACAAACAAACAUACAAUGCAAUUAAUUUGGUUUCAGGUAAAGAGAAAUAAAGAGAUUAGAGAGAAUAGAGAAUACAGAAUA